UGGAACUGUGCAAGAAAACACCAUCCAGAGCAGGCAAAGUUUGCCCCGUGUGAAGAACAGAAGAAUGGUUGGCAUUGAUCUCAAUGACCUACCUCAUGAGUUUGCUGAUUAUGAUGGUGGCCAUGCAUACUGCACACAAGCCAAACCAGAGAAAGUGCCAAUUUCUAUUGAAGGUGUGGGCGAGUCACCGGAAUUGAGAGAUGAUGCUAUACAAGAUGCCACAGGAGUUAAAUUUUGUGUUGCAGCCGCUUCUGUUACUGGUGAUUCUAAUGUUGCAGCAACUCAAACUACCAUGCCCGCCCCUGCUGUGAUCAGCCCGGCAAAUACUCUGCUUAGCAAUGGUGAGGAAGUCCAUUUGGAUGAAACUGAGGUGCGAUCUAGCCCACAAGAGCCUUUUAUUGGCAUGGAAUUUGAAACCCUUGAAGGUGUUAAGGCACACUACAAAGCCUACUCUCUACGCAUUGGGUUCUCGAUGAAAGCCAAGACGUCCAGGAGGUAUGGAUACACUAAUGUGCUUGAGAAGCAGACCUUUUGCUGCAACAAGUCGGGGAAGCCUAAAAUAAAUCAAGAGGAUGUGUGUGAUCCUGUUUUUGAAAAAAUCAGUUCAGAUUCUGAGGAAAGUGGCGAUGGGCAAGAUGCUGGCAGGAAGAAAGCAAGUUGUAGCUCUUAUAAAUCUCCAUGUGGACUUGUUAAGAAGAGGAGAAGGGAAUUUAUCAUACCAACUAAUUGUCAAGCAAAAAUGACAGUGAAGCUACAAAAUAAUAAUAAGUGGGUGGUCACAGGUGUUGUUCUUGAGCACAAUCAUAGAUUGAUUGACAAGCCAUCUCUCACUAAGUACCUGCGCUGUCACCAAGGCAUCCCACCAGAAGAGGUUGAGUUCCUUAAGGUAUUGCACAUGUGUAACAUGGAGACAGGUUGCAUGAUGAUAGUUAUGUCUGAUUUUUAUGGCCAAGCUUCAAUUGUGCCGUAUACGACAAAGUCGAUAAGCAACAUGAGGACUGCCCUUCGCAGUGCUGAAGCAGAUGAGGGUGAUUUGGCUGAGACAGUUGCCUACUUUGAGGAAAAACAGGGAGAAGAUCCAGGCUUCUUCUUCAAGGUCAAGAAAGAUGGAAUAGGCAGAGCUGAGAAUUUGUUUUGGGUUGAUGGGAGGGCUCGAGAGCCGUACACAAAAGCUUACCAUGAUUGCAUCUCUUUUGACUAAACAUACUUGACAAACAUGUACAACAUGCCCUUAGCUCCGUUUAUUGGGAUGAACAGGCAUGGGCAAUCUUUCAUGUUAGGUUGUGGCUUCUUGCGACAAGAGCUCGAGACCAGCUUUGAUUGGUUGUUUGGGGCUUUUCUUGAAGCAAUGCAUGGAAUUGCCCCACUCAACAUCAUAACUGACCAGGACCAGGCGAUGAAAAAAUCUAUAUCAAACAUUUUUCCGCAUGUAGUUCACCGUAGUUGCCGCUGGCAUAUCAUUAAGAAAGCCCAAGUUAGGAGGAUUCUUGGCUAGGCAUCCGGAGCUAGCUAAAGAAUUCAAUGAGGUUAUAGACUUGAGCAUGACUCCUGAAAAGUUCGAGACAAGGUGGGCUACUAUAGUUGUUACACAUGGUAUUGUUGGAGAUAAACGCUUUGAUGAUCUGUAUGCGAUCAAGCAUCUUUGGGUGCCUUGCUACUUUAGAAAAUGUUUUUCCCAUUCCUCCAGUCAACUCAAUGGAGUGAAGGCUUCAAUGUUGUCCUAAAAAGGUAUGUGAACCCGCAAAAUUCUGUGCUCAACUUUGUGAAGCAAUACGAGAAGAUAAACGACAAGAUCUUGGUGAAAGAACGAGGUAAUGACUAUAGAACGGAACAGCUGGAGCCAAGGCUUUGGUCCAAGUUCCUAAUUGAGAAGCAACCUUUGCGGUUUUACACAAGGGAUAUAUACUACAGGUUUCAGCAUGAGUUCUCAAUGAUUGGCAUGUAUAAUGUUAGGCUCAAGGUGGCAACAUGUAUCUGCUUGAGCCCAACAGAAUUUAUGUUGGGGUUUAUGGUCAUAGAACGUACAUGGUAACAACAGAUGUUGACCAGCAAGAGUAUGGGUACGAGUGUUGCAGGUUUUACAAGGAUGGGUUGCUAUGUGUGCAUAUCCUGAAAGUCUUCACCCACCUUGGUGUUGAUGAGAUACCUGGGCAAUACAUACUUACUAGAUGGACACAUAACGCUAUUCUUGCUGAUUUGACCACUAACACGCAACUCCCUGAUGCCAUGCCACAAGAGUCUCUCCAGCAAAUAAGGCUUGUUUCCCUGAGUGCUAUGUUUGGCAAAAUAUCUAAACUGGGCAGUAUGUCUGAUGCAGGAGCAUCUUUGUGCCGUUCCUAUGGUCGCGCGUUGGAGACUGAACUGAACCAACUUUACAAAACAAGGAAGAAGAAGAAGAAGCCAACAGCACACGCUGAACCACCAACCUCAUCUGCCCCCACGGAAGCUUCUGUUGGAGUUGCAAAAAAAGAAGGAAAAAAGAAACAUCACAAAAAACAGGAUUUUUGUUAUGUUCUUUGGGCGACUUGGUGUUGCGUUUUAGGCGACGUAGGUCUUCGGUGUGGGGAGUAGUGCCGACGACCACCCCCCCCCCCCACCUGUGUGUCGGUCGGCGAAUUGGCGUGCGGGGGUGUGGGUGGUGGUCUGUUCUUUGGGAGACUUGGUGUUCCGUGUUAGGCGACCUAGCUCGUCGGUGUGGGCGAGUAGUGCCGACGACCACCCCCACAUCUGUGUCGGUCGGCGACUUGGCGUGCGGGGGUGUGGGUGGUGGUCUGUUAUUUGGGCGACUUGGUGUUGCGUUUUAGGCGACCUAGCUCGUCGGUGUGGGCGAGUAGUGCCGACGGCCACCCCCCACCUCUGUGUCGGUCGACGACUUGGCGUGCGGGGGUGUGGGUGGUGGCCGGUUAUUUGGGCGACUUGGUGUUCCGUGUUAGGUGACCUAGCUCAUCGGUGUGGGCGAGUAUUGCGGAUGACCCCCCCCCCCACCUCCGUGUCGUGCGGCGACUUGCGUGCGGGGGGUGGGUGGUGGCCGGUUCUUUGGGCGACUUGGUGUUCCGUGUUAGGCGACCUAGCUCGUCGGUGUGGGCGAGUAUUG